AUGGAGCUUGUCUUACGACUCUUCGUGUUCGCUUCUGCCGUGCUGUUCAGUGCCUCCCACCCUAGGCAACACCACUUCGGCGUGAUCCGAAUCGCUUUUAUUGCAGUGGAUUCUCUGUUUCCCCUCCUUGCUUCAGGCGAAGCAGCGCAUUCGAGCCCUUUAAUCGCAAGGCAUGGGCCCUCCACCGCCUCCCCUGCGGAAGGUCAAUCCGGCAGCGAAACGCAGCAGCAGGCCUCUGAACACGCAUCAGCUCCCCAAGCAACCCAGACAGUUAUAGAACUGACAGCGACUAAUAGGUAUCAUAGCAGUAGCCACGAAGCCUCGUCACCUCCAAUUCGCGGAGGUGAUCAGCACAGCCUUACUGCCCUUCUCAACGACUUACGGCAUCACGGCACUCAGAUGACGUUGAAGGAGAGAAGAAACGCAGAGGCCAUCUUGAGGGCCAAAUACGGGGCCAUCACCCAGCAGUUGUUACAGCAAGACGAUCAAUAA